AUGAAGAAGCACCUCACCAUUGUGAUCAAACUCGGUACAUCUUCCAUCGUACACGAGAAGACUCAUGAGCCGUUGUUGUCCACACUCUCCACAAUCGUAGAGACUGCCGUCAGCCUCCACCAUGAAGGGCACCGUAUUAUCAUCUGCUCGUCAGGAGCCAUCGGCAUGGCGCUCCGUCAGAUGGACAUGGACCGCAGACCCAAGCAUCUGCCACAGGUCCAAGCACUCGCUGCCAUCGGACAGUGCAAGCUGAUGAGCAUGUGGGAUCAAUUGUUUGCCCACAUGAGGCAACCUGUGGCCCAGAUCCUUCUAACCCGCAAUGACAUCGCAGACCGUACGCAGUACCUCAAUGCACAGAAUACGCUGCAUGAACUCCUUAGCAUGGGCGUUAUACCCAUCGUCAACGAGAACGAUACCUUGAGCGUACAGGAAAUCAAGUUCGGCGACAACGAUACGCUUUCAGCCAUCACUGCCGGCAUGGUACAAGCAGACUACCUCUUCCUGAUGACUGAUGUCGACUGCUUGUACGACAAGAACCCUCGGACGCAUCCUGAUGCGAAAGCCAUUGAGGUCGUUGAGGACAUUGCUGAGCUAGCUGCAGACGUUUCCAGUGCUGGCAGCUCGCUUGGUACAGGAGGCAUGGGCACCAAGAUCGUCGCAGCCCGGCUCGCCACUGCCGCAGGAGUCACUACAGUCAUCACCAGAAGCAGCAAACCUGGCAACAUCGCCGCCAUCGUUCGCUACGCGGAGGGGCUGCGAUCCGCUCAACGGAGCUUAGAGAGCAGCGGCGAGCUUCAACCGAAGGUACCGACUGAACCACAGCUGCUAAAGACUGCGAUAGUCAAUGGCACUUCCACGCCUCGCUUGGAAGAGCCAGGCUUGCCGCCGCUGCAUACUCGCUUCCUGCCGGACCCUCAUCCGAUCCGUGACCGCUACUUUUGGCUUCUGCACGGUCUUGCGCCGCACGGUACACUUUACAUUGACGCCGGCGCCCAUGCUGCGUUGAAUAAUAAGGCUGGUCUGCUUCCCGUCGGAGUCGUUGACGUGGAAGGCACAUUCGGUCAGCAAGAGUGCGUUCGCCUUUGCGUCCUGCCGUCACGCAACGCAGCCCUAAACGAAGGUGAAGAGGUUGGUAGAGCGCUGGUGAACUAUUCCGCCGCUGAGAUUAAGCGUAUCAGAGGUGCGAAAAGCAAUCAGAUUGCCGAGCUGCUGGGUUACGCAGACAGUGAAUAUGUAGCAUGGAGGGAGAGUGUUGCCUUGUUUAAGCGCGAGCUUAGCAGACCGGUGACGCCAAGUGGAGAGAAGAGGUUGAGCAUGGGGCGAUUGAGUAGUUACAUCGAUGGGUGA